GUUUCCUUUGGGAACAGGAGGAACGUGGUACGACUCAUCUGUGGGGGUGAGACCCAGGUGCCUGACAGACGGUGGCUGGUGACCCGGCUAAAGGAUAUGGGAUUUGCGCCCGUGGACCUGUACGCGCUCAUCCAUGCCUCGGGCACCCGGGAGUUCGACGUCUCCUUUAUGACGUCGCAGCUCCUGGAUCGCUUCUGGGCUGG